GUCGUAAUUGUCAACAAAAGUCUUUUAGUUUCCAAAUAUUCAUGAGUAAACAAAAACAAAUUGUGAAAUUAUGUCACGAAAGAAAAAAGAAAUAUUCGACAGAGUGAUUGGACCUGAUCUGGACAAAAUACACUCGGAAAUUCUAUCCCGUCCCGAUAUAAGCGUAACAGAUUUGUGCGAAGCAUACAAAAAAUCACUGGAACCAGACGAGUCAAUCCAUCGAGAGAAUAUUAUUUACAGUGCCAUCGGAAUCAUUUUUGUCAUUGUGAUAGCCGUGCCAAUUGUAAAUCAUUUGUUUGCCUUCCUGCUGGGGAUUCGAUGCUUUAUACCAAACAAUUAUCUUGUGUGGGAGGCCACUAGACCAAUAACAAACUGUGCGUAUUGUCGCGUAAAGGGGCCACUAAUACUGCCAAACAUGACCAGGGAGGAGUUUUUGCCAUACGCGUAUUCACCCCAACCGAUUAUCAUUAAAAAUUCGAUCUCUCACUGGCCAGCUGCUAAACUGCUCAAUUACAAUUAUCUGAAGAGGUUGUACUUCAAGUACAAGGACGAUUUGAAUAGCUUUUCCGACGAAUGUCAAUUUUUGAACUUCAAAUCGAAUUUUCUAAUCCUGAAGGAUCUGUUUGAAAUGUCAUCGGAACGUGCAGAGAAUGGCACCGAACCGUGGUAUGUCGGUUUCAGUAAUUGUCAAAUCAAAAUUCUCCGAGAAUUGAGGAAGCUGUAUCCGGUUCCGCCGCAUUUUCUACCAGCUGAUACAGAGAUUCCCAGUUACGAUUACAUUUUCAUGGGAUACGAUAACGGUGCCAAUAUGCAUUUGGACUAUAUACCCAGACUGAUGUGGCAAGCACAGCUUCAUGGAAAUAAAACGUGGACGCUGUCACCAACGCCGGAAUGUUCCAGUGUUUGCGAUCAAUUUUCAUUUUACGUCGAAAGUGGCGAUGCGGUGUUAAUUGACACAAGAAUAUGGUAUCACGGAACCAAAAUAAAAACUCACAAAGAGUUCUCGCUCACAAUACAAUCAGAAUAUGGAUAGUGACUGGUUCAUUGACGAGAAAGCGAAAAAUAAAAUUAAAAU